UCAGUUAGGAAUACUUCCGCUUUAACGACGUCACAUCCGCAGGGAGGUCUAAAUCCAAAAUGGCGGCUUCGGCAGGCGCCUCCGCGGCUCAGAGUAGCACCAGGGAUGAUGCGUUUCAGACAUUUUAUUCAGAGGUCAAGCAAAUUGAAAAGCGAGACUCUGUACUGACAUCCAAACAGCAGAUAGAUCGAUUGUUGCGGCCCGGCUCGACGUAUUUCAACCUGAACCCGUUUGAGGUCUUACAGAUUGACCCAGAGGCCACGGAUGAAGAGCUGAAGAAGAGGUUUCGCCAGUUGUCCAUUUUGGUCCAUCCGGAUAAGAACCAGGACGAUGUAGACAGAGCACAGCAGGCCUUUGAAGCGGUUGAUAAGGCAUACAAGCUGCUUCUGGAUCCCGAGCAGAAGAAAAGGGCCAUGGAUGUGAUUCAUGCAGGAAAAGAAUACAUCGAGCAUAAUAUGAAUCAGAAGAGGAAGCAGUUGAAGAAAGAGGGCAAGUCCACAGUGAUAGAGGAGGACGACCCGGAAGUGUUCAGGCAGGCUGUGUAUAAACAGACCAUGAAGCUGUUUGCCGAGCUGGAGCUCAAGAGGAAGGAGAGAGAAGCCAAGGAAAUGCACGAGAGAAAAAGGCAAAGAGAAGAGGAGAUUGAAACACAGGAGAGAGCGAAGAGAGAGAAAGAGUGGCAGAAGAACUUUGAGGAUUCGAGGGAUGGACGUGUGGACAGCUGGAGAAACUUCCAAGCUAAAGGUAAAAGCAAGGAGAAGAAGAACCGGACGUUCCUCAAGCCUCCCAAGGUCAAAAUGGAGCAAAGAGAUUAAAUCAUGUGAAGAAGGAAAAAAAAAAAAAAAAAAAACCCAAACAGAUGUGGAAGUCCAACCAUCUACACCUCCUCUUCUGGGUUUCCCCUUCAGGUGUGCGCACGUGUGUGUGUUUCAGGAAUGUGACACUUUCAGUCCAGCUGAGGGUGCUGUGGAACAACACAUUUAUCUCCUACAACCCCGUGUAGUCUUUUCUCAUCUGCUAGGGGGAAAGAGUUGUCCUGUGGCUGGAUGGACGCUUAGCAUUGUUUAAAAACUGUUCGUUGCAGCAAAUUGAACCGUUAUAUAGUAGUUUCUUCAGGAGCAAACAGGCUGGUAGUGUCUAGUCUUUUCUGUUCUUUCUUUCUUUCUUUCCUUUUUUUUAAUAUGUACAUAUUUGUGAGUUUGAUGUUAAUUGUGCACAUAAGGAAAAAAAAAAAAUCUUUCUUUUUGUCCUUUUUUUUUUUUUUUUACCCCUGUCACCCAGAAUAAAAC